UUAAAGACACAGGACAGCACAGACUUGGCGUCAUUUGGUAAUUUCCUGAAUCCAAUUUAUAUCUGCAAAGAAGCCGUUUGAACCAGUUUGCGGCUCGGUGGAGUGAGUUUGUACUGGUUAAAGGUUUGUUUUCGUGAGCAUGCCACAUGUGGGGCCGGCUGCUGGGGGACGCGCCUAGCUGACGCAUCACCGUCAGAUGCAGUCAAACCUGAAGCCCGGCUGGCCCUCCACUACCCCGGGAACUAACCACGGGAACUGGAAUAACACUAUGGAUGCUCCUCAGUAUCCAGGUUACCCUUCACAUUACUGGUAUCCACAGUCUCAUUCCUCCGGGCACUAUGCAAAUACCUAUCCUGCUGGAUCCAAUGUUCAGCCACAAUACAGUCCACAGGUGAUGGCUGGGGCAUAUCCAAAUGGCCAUGGAGUCUACAACCCUACACAAACUCAGUAUUCAGCAAGUGGUUUCCACCCAUCCAAUCCCUUCUACUGUGCAGAUCCUCACAGGCCUUCAGGUUCCUACCCUAAUCAGGGCUGUCCAUCGGAGCAGAGCGGUGCACCACCUGGGCAGCCGCACGCUCAGCAUCAGCAUCAUCACUAUCCUGGUCCACACUGUCAAGGGGGUCCUGGAUAUCCUUCUGGACCUUACUCACACUACAGUGAAGGUGGACAUGCGAUGCCUCCAAAUCCUCCUUAUCCAGCCGGCCAGUCUCUCCAUCCCAACCCUCAGGCUGAAACUUGGGGGCAUUCCAGUCCAUAUGCCCCCUCGCAGCAGCACUGGCAAGCAGGCCAGCAACCUCCGCAAACCCAUUAUGGAAAUCCUGUUCGUCCACUACAUCCCCCUGCAUGGCCAGGAACUGGAAGUGGUGCUCCGCCACCUUAUCAACCAAAGGACCAACAUCAGCGUGCACCACAGUUGGGACCCAAACCGAGGCCAGCAACUUCCCCAAAUCCCCCCAAUGGAAAGCCUGUUGAGAUAAGUUCACCUCCUCAAAUUUACAGCAGGACUGGGAGAGGUGAUCCUAAUCCAUCGCAAGGUGAGCCCUCAGCUCCGGUCCAAGCACCAGCCACAGGUCCGAUUGGACCUCUGCCCCUGAGUGAUAAUCCUGGACUUGCUAAGGUCCAGCAGGUUCUGGCCAGAGUUCACCUGCUCCAGGAAGAUGUUGAUGAGUUUGUUGGCAAAAAAAUAGAUAAGAGUUACCGGUAUUUGGAGGAACUGCUGACCAAAGAGCUACUCGAGCUGGACUCUGUGGAGACUCAGGGACAGGAAACUGUUCGGCAAGCCCGGAAAGUGGCUGUACAGAGAAUCCAGGCCAUUCUUGACCGACUGGAGAAGAAAGCUUUCUGAACUGGACUUUAUUUAUUAGCUUGAUGACCACUUCAGCUCGUUUCUUCCUUCAGAUCUUCCAUGGAAAAGUUAAGGGUUCAGUCUCAUUCUGCAGAGCUGCGUUGAUUUUUUUUUUUCUUUUUCCCCCACCAAUGAUAAUAUAAAAAUACCUGAGGUUCUAGGACUCAAGAACAAAGAAAAGCAAUUAUUUGUAGUCGGAAAUUAUUUUUUAAAGUGUAGUUAUGAUGGUAUUAAAUACAAAGUCUGAAGGUUUUUGUGAGUGUGUGUGUGUUUGUGUAUACGCUCACUGGGUACUUUAUUGGGUACACCAGGUAUACCUGAUAGAGUGGCGAGUGUAUCUAUAUGUAAAAAGAGUGACUUCACCCUCGAUGAGUGACAAUGCUGGCUAUACAACCUGACGCUUUUGCUCAUCUCUUAUGUCAGCAUACUGCAGUGUCACUGGAAGAAGAAUUUAUUUAGUACCGCUCUGAAACAUUUUGUGGUUUCUAAUUUGUGAUAUGGACUCAAUUUAUCAUCAUGCUGCCCCUCAGGAUUGUGGGUCCGUUUUAGUUUGAUCCUACGCAUAACGACACAUGCACUUCCUCGGCUGUCUAUAAUUGCAUAUCAAUCCAUUUGCAUGGUCACGAUAUUGUCCUUCCCUGUGAUUGAUCCAGUUUCCACUUAGUUGCCCAUCGUCACUUAUCUCUCCAUGUCUCUGCAGCAGUUGGUGCAGUGUUUCACUUGUGCUCCCAGCCUUGCAUGCACUGUAAUGUCAGAUACGCACACAGUACAUUCAUGACAUCUCAGAGCUCAUUAUUGAGCUCAGAGUGUAGCAGAUUAAUGAAAACCCUCUAAAGAUUGCUGUCCCCAUUAUUCCAUCUCAUGGAUGACUUUUCUUCCUCAGUGCAGACCUAGAAUCAGACCUACAUAUGAAUGCCAUGUAUUUUUGCUCUAGAAACUACUGUUAUUACAGAUAGGUAAAGACAAUGUUAAGAAUAACUAGAACAUUUGUUGAAUUAUGUUUUCUCUGAUUUUCUUUUUUUUUUUUUUUUUUUUUGUAUGUGCGUAUUAAAGGGUGCAUCAUUUCAGUAAAGUUUUAAUGCUUAAGGACAAUGUUGUCACAGCUGUUUAAUGAAAAGUUUGGCCUUUUUUGUCCUGGUUUCCUCCAGGACAAAAAAUAUCCUUAUUUCAAAACCAAAACGUACAUUACAGUUUAUUGUCUUGUGUAUAGCAAGUCUUGCUUUCUUUCUUUUUUCAAACAUUGUUGAUUUAGUAAAAAAGAAAAAAAAGAAAAGAAAAAAAAGUGCCAUAUUUCAGAGACUGGUUUUAUAUGACUAGAAGAAAAAAUAUUAAAAAUAAGAUGAAAAAUUUUGCAUGGAAA